AUGGCAAACAACCUUGGGACUACCAAAGUCCCUACUGCGGCACCUAGGCCUACAACGCAAGGGAUUUUUGCCAUUCCACUCAUCAGCCAAAGGGUCAUCAGCAAUAUCAUAACGGAGCCAGCAGAUCAUGAGUCAUUACAUGGACUUACAAGCCUGUACCAUUCAAAUGCGGUGUUACAAGCCAGUAUUAGAGCAGCAUGGGGAGUGAUAGAACGCGACAAUGCACGCAGAAUAUACGCCCGGCACGACUGUAGCGGCUUCUACCAGAUAAGGGAGAAGGUGCGAACGAUUUGUUGGCAAGAACGGUUACAGAAUCUGCACGCGGCGACGCCUACUGUGCCGAUGAAGGGUGUGCUACACGCUAUUCACCUGGACGAAAUUGAGGAAGCCAAAGAGGGAGCAGAAGCUGCAGAGAACGGUAACCCUGUGCCCCCGUUCGAACAUGGUAUUGACAGUGUACCCGACCCUGCCGCUCAAAGCCGCGUGGUGGAAGAUAUCAUCGGGGACGGCUGUACUCAGUGUUUCGAUUUCCUCGUCCAGAUGGAUGUGAUCUCUGUGAACGGAUUCAGAAUGAAUAACAACACCAGUAGCUACAGCUACCUUCAUCUUUCUACUAGCGGUCUACGGUUCCGGGCCACCACGCCCGCCAACCUUUGGGCUGCUCGACUCCAUUUGACUCAAUAUAUACUAUUGCGUUCGUCCGCGACGGCCCUUGUCGCUCCGUCGAGAGUAACGCGAUCUCAGCCCGAAGCACGCCAAUUGAGUAUCAUGGGGAAAAUAGACCGUGUAGAUCACGACCUCUGGGGGAUGUGGAUCGAUAGGGUACAUGAGUUGGUAGUCGCCCCACCAGUCGGGGUGCCACCAGAGGCGAUCCCGUAUACUCCAAACGACAUUGCUAAUACAACAAACACGGCAGAAUGGGAGACGAUCGCAUCCCACGUUACUUACAAUCAAUAUGACAAGCUAUUCGACUUGGGUGUCAAUUAUGCCCUGAUGAACGUGCCCGGUAACACUGACUCGUUUUGGCACAUGCUGCUUCGGCGUGACGCGGCGCUAGAGGACGAGACGACGAAGAUUCUGAUCAAGAUGUUAUCGAGACCAUGCAACGGGCUGACGGACCUAACAAGGCCCCGCUUGCCCUUGACCUCGGUCAACGGUACGACCUUUGCUCCCGGUGACUGCAGCCCCUGGUUCUUUGCCAUGUGGGAUAAAAAACGGAAGUGGGCCAAGAUCAUCAGCCAGUCGCCAUAUGUCGACGCCACCAGUCCCAAUUAUCUCACCCGACCGAACGGGAUAGGAGGCCCCCCUUAUGCAGUGCUGACUGGACUGGCAGCUGUCCACCAUUUUGACGAAGACGGAGUGCGAAUGCUUCGGCAGUGGGUCCUCCGAGCAUCCAGCGAUUUAACCUACUACCGAGAAUACGAACCUCUUUACGACAUACUCGAAUUUAUCGUCGACGAACUAAGAGAAAGGUACAGGGCGAUCGAGGCUUUGGGAAUUGCACCGGCUGCAGAGAAACGACAGAAAACUGUGGCCAAGGCGGCGGCCGACAAAAUGACUCGCAUCAUCCUGAAUGAGAGUAUCCGUGAGAUCCGUCCAGAUGAGACUCGAAGAGCAGGAGAUGAGCACUACUAUAUGACGCUGAACGAGACACCAGCUUUCGCCAACUGGGUGAAACGCAUGAAUGCGCGGGGUGGUCUCAUCCACAAGGAUCACUUCAUGGCCAUGUGGACUAAGCCGACAGGGGUCAAUACUCGGUCAACACGCGCGCAUCCCUGGAACCCGGAAAUGCUGAUGGAAAUGCAAUAG